AUGACUCGCUUUGGUUUCCUCUCCCUGGCUCUCAUCUCCCUCCAGGCCUUCGCUGGCACCGGCUUUGCCGCCGAUGCUGAGAAGGCCUCGGAAGCGGAGGCCCCCAAUCUGGCUGUCACGGCGAAGGCGUCUUUCCUGGAGUCCGAGAUCUUCGGCGUGAAACUUGUCAACGGCCGUCCGACCCCAGCUCUGAUUGAAAUCAGCAAUGACGAGCCCAACCCAGUCACUGUGAACUUCAUUGGAGGUAGCCUGUGGACUCCUGAGGAGGAGGAGAGCAAGGUGGUUCGCAACCUGACGGCCUCGCGCUACGCCGUCGAAAUUGCCGCGGGCCAGAAGGAGUCCUUGGAAUACAGCUUCGAGACCGAGAUGCACCCGCAGGAUCUCCGUCUCAGCAUCGCCGCCAUUCUUUCGGACAAGGAGAACCGUUUCUUCACCGUUCAGGCCUUCAAUGGCACUGUGAGCGUCGUGGAGCCGGACACCAGCAUCUUCGACCCGCAGAUUAUCUUCCUGUACUUCAUCCUCUUGGCCUCCUUCGUUGGCGUGGUCUACUUCUUCUACUCGGUCUGGGUCGCGCCGUAUUUCCCUCAGAAGCGCAAGACUGGCAAGACCGGCGAGAAAAAGACCCCUAGCGCUAAGCGCGAGUCCCAGCCCGAGGACGAGACUACUAGCAGCCCCGCUGUCACCUCCGCUACCACCUACAACGCCGAUUGGAUUCCUUCCCACCACAUCAACCGCCCGGAGGCCCGGAAGGUCAAGGGCGCUGGCCGAACCAAGGCCCGUGCGUAA